AGAACCUUGUUGCCGCCGACCUCGGCGACGCCCCGACAAGGAGCCCUCGCCGCUACCCUAGAACCCGACCUCGGCUGACGCCCCGACAAGGAGCCCUCGCUGCUACCCUAGAACAUACAUGGGAGCCUGCGGCAGCAAACGCGCACCCAACGUGGAGGAGCGCUCCGAGCGCCUGCACGAGUUCUUCGGGGCAACCAUCGAUUGCGAGGUCCGGCCUUCCGGCCUCGGCAGCGCGGAGGCUGUGGCGCAAGACGCAGAGCAUGGCAAGGCCGCUCCCUCGGCUGCCGCGCCGGCGGCAGCCGAGGGUGGGCCGUGCGUAUUCGAGGGCAUGCAACCCGCCGGCAUCAAUGCGCGGCUGUCGCAGGGCGCUCUCUCUCCCGAGGACCUCGAGAUCCAGCGCACGGAGCUCAAGGAGGCGGCAAAGCUGAUCGACUCGAUGGGCGCGCGCGGCGAGGAGGCGGCCAUCCUCGCGCCGGCCGAGAAGGACGGCUGCAAGUACGAGCUGGCCAUCAACUGGGAGUCGUCGCACGUCGCCCUCGUCACCCAGAAGAUGCAGGCGGUGCCGCUCUCGAUGCUCGAGUGCGUCGCUCUCGUGCGGGAGCCCGACCUGAUCCCGCUGCCAAAGUGGCCGGGGCUGCCUCGGAUCGAGCGGAUCGCGCUGGUCCACGAGUUCACGCCAAACAACGUCGUGUACCACGUCUCGAUCGAGCCGUGGGGUCCCUUCCCCGGCUGCGACUCGGUCUGCUGCGCAGUCGGCUUUGUCCGGACGGACGAGUCGGGCAAGGCGUGCGUCGGCUUCGCGCGGUCGCCGCCGGAGGACGAGCAGGAGGUGCACCGCGGGUGGUCCGUCCUGCCCAAGCAGAAGCGGCGCACGCGCAUGCAGGUCGACGGCUGCGCCUGGGUCGUCGCCCCUUCCGCCGAGGAGGGCAAGGUGGACGUCACCAUCUUCAUGAAGACGCGCAUCCCGAUCCCGCACUGGCUGGUGCCGCCCGCGCUCGUGCGGUGGGUGACGCCAAAGGUGUUCCGGCGCAUCCUCCCCCUGCUCACCGCCGACAAGAACAAGGAGCCCUUCCGCGCGCGCGUCGCCGCCGACGAUCGCGGCUGGUACACCGCGGUGAAGAAGCAGCUCGGCCUCGACGUCGCGGACGAGGACACGGCGGCCGGCUCGCUGGCGGCGAGCCCGCCCGACGAAGGCUUCGCGGCCGCCAUCCGCAGCUACGACUGGGACGCCGCCGAGAGGCUGGCGACGACGGCGCAGCAGAAGGCGGACCUAUCCGACUCGCGCAAGCGCGUCAAGGCGCUCGAGGCGGCCGUGGCGGCGGGCAGGCAGCAGGACGCCCUCGCCCUCGCAAUCAGCCCGGUCGAGGAGCGCAAGGUGCGCAACUACUUCAAGAGCAAGCUCGCCGCUUCGUCGCCGCGUGGCUUCUUCGACCCUGCCGCAGACUACCCGACCCCGCGCGACGUACCCGCGGCCGCGUGAGCAUCCGGCCUCUAGGCGCGUGGGCUCUGCUAUGUGAGCUGUGAGUGCGAGUCGCCGCUCGCAGAUGCUAUAUACGUGUGUACAAUAUAUCCUGUGGCUGUGCGGCGUCGUGCGGUCGUGGGCGGCGCUCUCAGUCUCGCUGUCGCGCUCCGCUCGCUCUCGGUCGUUUCCGUUUUUGUAUUUUUGUAUGUUCUCUGUCAGAUAAGACGUUCUACAGGC